AUGGAAUCAAGACUUAAAUAUCAAACUCUUUCAUUAUAUAUCUCGGCACAAAACCUUAAACUUUCUGACCUUGGAUCUUGUCUCCAGAUGUCUGAUUCAAAAAGCUCACAUGCGUUGGAGAUCACUGAUCUUGAGCAAAAUAGGCUGAAAAAUCUUUACAGAAAAUUUACCACACGCGACGGAUGGUUAGGUGAUUACGAUUACGGCUUCCUCUUCACUCCUGCAGUUUGGCCUUUCAACAAGAAGUUCAAACACUACGAUCAACCUUAUUUUGGAAUCAACGAUGACAUUCCGAUAUUGCUGGCUGUUAUACUUGGCCUUCAGCAUUGUCUAACAUUGAUCUGCAGUCUCGUCGCUGUUCCCCUUUUGAUGGGCGAUGCGCUGUAUUUCAAUGCCCAGCAAACACAGCACCUUGUUUCCUGCACGCUGAUCACUGCCGGAGUUGCUACGUUUGCACAAAUCACUAGGUUCCAUAUUUAUAAAACGCCUUAUUUCGUCGGGACGGGGCUUCUGUCAGUGGUGGGGCCCACUUUUGAUAUCAUUGGUAUCGCUUACUCAUAUUCUUCAAUUCGUUACUCAAAAGGGACUUGUCCUAUAGCUUCCGAUGGAACUUACCUUCCUUGCCCGGAAGCCUUUGGAGCAUUUCUUGGCUCGAUGUUAUGCACUGUGUGGAUUCAGGUUCUUUUAGCGUUUGUUCCACCGAGAAUCCUCAAAAGAAUAUUCCCAAGUAUGGUCACGGGUACACUGCUUCUCCUGCUUGCUGUGUACCUUUCUGGAAAUGGUAUGAAAAACUGGGGUGGAGGUAGUAACUGUUUGCAAUAUGGUGGAGGAUGCAGCACUGGCUCUCACGAUUUUACGUGGGGAUCCCGGGCAUACAUUGGGCUGGGAUUUUGCACUUUCAUAUCCAUCGUUAUUAUCAACCUUGUUGGAUCGCCAAUUAUGAAAAGCUCGUCAAUUAUUUUGGGACUUAUCAUAGGAUGCAUCAUAUCAGCAGCCUGUGGCUACUGGGAUGCGUCAGGUAUCCACGCUGCUCCUGCGGCAGACUUCCUUUGGACCAAAAAUUAUACUUACUCGGUGGACGGAUCUUUGAUCCUUGCGCUUUUGCUUAUGUUUGUUGUUGAAGGUAUCAGUUGUAUACCGGAUAUUCUUGCCACAGCAGAGGCAAGUCACCAAAAAACUUCUGGAGUCGAAUUCCAGUCUCGUAUCCAAGGAGGAAUAAUGUGCGAUGCAUUAGGCAGUCUACUUGCUGCUGUCGGCGGAGGAAUUCCUAUGGUCUCUCAAGCGGCUAAUAACGGAGUUAUCCUGCUCACGGGAUGCGCUUCGAGAAAGGCUGGAUGGGUUGCAGCUGUCUUGCUAAUUCUGAUGGGCGUUUUCUCCAAAAUCUCUGCUACUUUUGCGGCUUUGCCUCUACCAGUGUUUGGUGGAAUGCAAGUGUUUCUUUUCGGAACUAUUGGCGUUGCGGGUAUAAAAGUCCUUUCAGUAGUUCCAUGGACCAGACGAAAUCGGUUCAUUCUGUCAUGUGGACUUGGAUGGGGAUUCGCCGGAACGGUAGUCUCCUCUUGGUUUGACCAAAUUUUAGCUUACAGUGGUUCAAACCAAGCUUUGGCAGGAUUCCUAGAAGGAAUUGACCUCAUUGUCGAGACUCCGUUUAUUUUUGGCGCUAUAAUCGUCUGCUUCUUGAACCUGAUUAUACCCGACGGCAGCAAGGAACCAGAUGACACUGCUGGUGUGGUAUAG